UAACGAUAUUUGGCCAAAAACAGACCCACUGUGUGAAAGCGGGAACGUUCCUCGGGUGCUACAAUGUUUCUCUAUCUCCUGUUGCCUCAGCUAGUUGUCUGCAACAGCUCUGUAUUGCAGCAUUCAGAUGGUGGUUAUAGCAUUUGGGCACCUGUGUUCAACAUGUCUGUGGAUUGGGUCGGAUAUGGAUACGCAGCCCUGGUCGCAUCCGGGGGAGUCAUUGGUUAUGUGAAAGCAGGCAGCGUCCCCUCCCUUGCUGCUGGUCUUCUCUUCGGCGGCCUCGCAGGUUUUGGCGCCUACCAGAUCUCCAGUGAUCCCAAAAAUGUUUGGGUGUCCCUCGCUACAUCAGGAGCGCUGAGUGGUGUCAUGGGAAAGAGGUUCUAUUCAUCCAGGAAGUUCAUGCCAGCCGGCCUGAUGGCUGGAGCAAGUCUUCUAAUGGUGGCAAAGCUUGGUGUGACUUUGCUCCAGAAACCCCAGGAGUCCUGAUAGAAGAUUCUGAUGUGUGCUCCAUCUUCCGUUUCAGCAUAUGUCAUUCACUGUUGAACAUUAAUGUCAUUUUGUAAAAAACAAACCAACAAAAAGAAGUGUAUAUUUGAGGAUGAAAUAUAAUACCUUGUUUAUAUAAUAGAAA